CCUUGUUAGGGUUCACGAUCUUCCCGUAACGCGCUGGCGCUAACCCAAACCUGAGACAGUGGUAGGGUUUAAAAAGAAAGAGAGAGAAAAUAGUUAGGGUUUUAGAGAACUCAGCUUAGAGCAUUUGAACUAUUUUGUAGCAGAGGAGGAAGCAAUGAGUUUCUGGGGAAUUGAAGUCAAACCAGGCAAACCGCACCCUUACCACUCUGAUAAUGUGGAAGGAAGACUUUACGUAACUCAGGCAACAUUAGGCCUCGGUUCCUCAGAAGAGAGAAGUAUACUCCAGUGUUCUGUUGGGCAUAAAAGUCCGAUUUUCUUGUGUUCCUUGUUACCAGAUAGAAUUGAAUCUUGCUCCUUGAAUCUUGAAUUCAAGGAUGAAUUAGUAGCCUUCUCAGUGCUUGGUUCACGAAGCAUUCAUCUAUCAGGCUACUUUCUGUCCAGUGAAGGAGAUCAUCUCCGAGAUGAAUAUGAAUUUGAUUCUGGAGAGGACAUUGAGGAGACAGACACAGAAGAUUCAAGUGUUGAUUAUGACGAUGAAGAUGAGGAUGAAUAUGAUGAUGACUUCAUUGAUGAUGGUGACUUUGACAUGCUGCCAUCUUCAACUGUUCCCAAUAGUGGAGUUGUAAUUGAGGAGAUAGUGGACGAGGACAAACCUACAAAUGGAGACGGUCGGUCUAAACAAUCAAAGAAGAGGAGUAAUCAAUCAAGUGACCGUGAGGACCGAAAUAACUCCCAACAGCAAAUUGUUACUAGGAAGGCUGCUGAUACUUCAGUUCUAGAAAGUGAAGAUGAAGAUGGCUUUCCAAUUGAUGCUUCACAAAAAGGCAAAGAUGCUCAGGAACUAGAUGGAGAGAAAGAUAAGUUAGCCGAGGAAACCAAGAGGAAGCCAAGAGAUGGCAGUGGGGAUGCUACUGGAAAAAAGAGGAAAGUUGAAAGUGCUGACCAGGAUGUACAACCAGUCAGGAAAAAGAAGGAUAAGCAGAAAAAAAAGGGUCAAGGGGUAAACACUGAUGAAAAUUCAUUACAUGACAAUCACAAAGAUGAUAUGUCCAAAGAUGGUAUCAAGCAUGAAAAGGUGAAGAAGCAGGAUUCUCCUGUUGAAAAUAAGCAUGACCAGAGGGGUGUUGACACUGAUGCAGACAAUGUGCCUGGUGAAAAUAACUCUGACAAGAAAAAGAAGAAAAAGAAGAAGAACAAGAAGAACAAGGAUACUGGGGAAGACGUGAGUAAGGAUCAAACUAUUUCAGUAGCAGGAGGUGAGGCCAAAUCCACUCUGGAGUUCCAGGAUAAGCAAUCUUCAGUCAAGCCUUCACAAGUUAGAACCUUUCCCAAUGGUUUGGUUAUUGAGGAGAUAGCAAUGGGCAAGCCAGAUGGUAAAAAAGCUUCUCCUGGAUGUCAGGUCAGUGUGCACUACAUUGGAAAGCUAAAGAAGAAUGGCAAAAUAUUUGAUUCUAAUGUGGGAAGGGCACCCUUCAAGUUCCGCCUAGGUGUAGGACAAGUUAUAAAAGGAUGGGAUGUAGGAGUUACAGGCAUGAGAAUUGGGGACAAAAGAAGACUCACGAUUCCACCAUCAAUGGGUUAUGGAGAUAGGGGAGCUGGCAAGGCUAUACCGCCAAAUUCGUGGCUUGUGUUUGAUGUUGAGCUGGUGAAUGUUCGGUGAUCCGCCGCCUGCACCUUUUUCAGUUUUGAAAUCCAUUUCUUAUCGCAGACUUAAAUGAAGCUUUGAAACUUGUUGUCUAAAUGACAAGGUUGUUUACACUAGUUCUUGUUACUGUCUAAUAACGCAUCUGAAAUCAGAUUUGUUAGAUGGAUGAGAGCUGAAAUUUUUGGGGAAGGAAAGAAAUGAAUGAAAACUUGAAAGCUUGAAUGAAAAUAUCAAUCAUCUUAUAGACCGACA